AUGUCUAUGGGGUCCAUAACUCAAUUGUAUAACAAGCUGAAGCCAUUUUUGGCAGUAUUUCUAUUGCAAUUAGGCUAUGCAGGGAUGGCCAUAGUUGGUAAGUUUGCUCUAAACAAGGGAAUGAGCCAACAUGUGUUCGUAGUCUACCGACAUGCCGUUGCCACUGUUGUCGUUGCUCCUUUCGCCCUUGUCGUGGAUAGGAAAAUAAGACCAAAGUUGACCUUCUCUAUCUUUGUAAAGAUUGCAUUGAUCGGCUUAAUUGAGCCUGUAAUAGACCAGAACUUGUACUACACUGGGAUGAAAAUGACUACAGCAACUUUCGCAACUGCCAUUUGUAAUGUUCUUCCUGCCUUUUCAUUUGCAAUGGCUUGGAUUUUAGGUCUUGAGAAAGUAUAUCUUAGGAGACUGCGUGGCCUGGCAAAGGUAUUGGGGACUAUAGUCACGGUUGGGGGAGCUAUGUUUAUGACUCUGGUUAAUGGACCUAUGUUGAAUUUGCCAUGGACUCAUGGAAAUGGCCAUCAAGAAUCUACUAGUGCUGCAAAUAAUCAAGAUGUCAUCAAGGGUGCUCUCAUGAUGCUAGCAGGUUGUGUCUGCUGGUCUGCUUUCAUUAUUCUUCAAGCAAUUACGCUGAAAUCAUACCCAGCAGAACUUUCCCUAACGGUUUUGAUAUGUUUGAUGGGCACACUGGAAAGUUCCAUACUAGCCGUUGCGAUGGAAUGGGGUAACCCCACGGCCUGGUCAAUACACUUGGAUUCGAAGCUCUUAGCUGCUGUAUACGCUGGUGUAGUAUGUUCAGGGUUUACCAUUUACAUUCAAGGCCUAAUAAUGAAGCAAAAGGGACCUGUUUUUGUGUCUGCUUUUAAUCCCCUAAGCACAAUUCUAGUCGCAAUUUUAGGCUCCUUCAUUCUGUCCGAGAUUAUGUACUUAGGAAGGGUUAUUGGAGCAAUUAUCAUAUUUGUUGGCUUAUAUUUGGUUUUAUGGGGCAAAAGUAAGGAUCAACUAGGAUCGAAGUCAGGCAAUGAAAACAUAAUACCAACAGCCCAAAAUGUGGUUACAAUGGAUGAGAGGAUAAUGACUUCAAAUCAAGAAUUUAGGACCAUCAACGUGACAAGUAUUAAAUCUACAAAUGGGACCGAUUGA